GAUGUUCAAUGUCGCUAACUACAGCCGCAACGGCGCUGCGCCAGCCAACCUCCCUUCCCAGACGCUACGAAAACCUCUGCGAGAGCCCGGCCGCCCACGUGUACGACACUGUGUCCCGCAGGGAGAGAUCCGCUUUCAGGCCACCUAGUCUUCCGAUCCCGAUCGCAUCGCAUCGUCCCAGCGCCCAUGGCUUAACGAAACAACACGAUAUCGCACGACGAACGCUCGAUCCCAACCGCGAUGGCUACCGCGGCGCUACCUGAUUUGAAUCCCAAGGAGACUUUCAAGUUCCCCGCCUUCCAGCCCGACCUGCUACCGACGCAUGAGGAGGAGCCGUUCGGCCUCACAUCGCGCACUCCUAGCCCGAGUCGCAACCACCAGCCCAAUGGACACACACAUACCCCCGACCGCUGGCAGCCGCGGAAAGACCAGCGGGCGAGAGGGCAUAGCUCAGCGGCGCAUGGCCCCACCACCAGACACGGAAGGCAGAAGAGUCUCAGUGAGGCAAUCAGGACGAUACGGACGCGCAAAGCGAGUGUCAGCCAGAAUGCGCACGAGCUCGCAGAUGCACUCAAGGCGCCAGUUUCGCCCACGCUUGUUAUGCUCUGCGGCGUAUGGUACAUGACGUCCAUCUUUUCCAACACCUCAUCGAAGGCGAUCCUCACCGCGCUCCCGAAACCGGUUACGCUCACGGUCAUACAAUUUGCGUUCGUCUCUGGGUGGUGCUUGUUCCUUGCAGCACUAGCCCGCAGAUAUCCCCGCAUAAAGCAAACCUUACCCUUCCUCAAAUACGGCAUCCGUCCACCCACGAAGGAACUCCUCAUGACCACGCUCCCGCUCGCCGUAUUCCAGAUUGGAGGACACAUCUUGAGCUCGGACGCUACUAGGAGAAUACCCGUGUCUUUGGUCCACACCAUCAAGGGGCUGUCACCACUGCUCACCGUGGGGGCGUACCGCAUCUUCUUUGGAAUCCGCUAUUCAGUCCCCACUUACCUUUCUCUGAUCCCGCUCACGCUUGGUGUGGUGAUGGCCUGCUCUGCGGACUUCAAUGCCAACUUCAUGGGGCUUAUCAUGGCCUUCGCGAGUGCUAUCUUGUUUGUUACCCAGAACAUUAUUUCUAAGAAGCUAUUCAACGACGCAGCUGCGGCCGAGAAAGAGGGUCUUCCGCCCUCCAAGUUUACAAAGCCUGACAAGCUGAACUUGCUUUGCUACUCGUCUGGGAUGGCACUGCUCCUCACCCUGCCUCUAUGGCUAUGGUCCGAAGGCUUCGGACUGCUAGCCGACUUUCUCAGUAGCGCCUCGAUCAAUCUCAACGAUCACCCCGAAGCAUUCGACCAUGGGCGCUUAUUCCUGGAAUUCAUCUUCAACGGCACCUUUCAUUUCGGUCAAAACAUUGUUGCUUUCGUCCUGUUGUCUAUGAUAUCUCCGGUCACCUACUCGGUUGCGAGUCUGAUCAAGCGCGUCUUCGUCAUCGUGUUCGCCAUCAUCUGGUUUGGGAAGCCCAUGACCAAGAUCCAGGCGUUCGGCUUCUUCAUGACGUUUCUUGGUUUGUAUCUGUAUGAUAGGACAUCGGACGCUGCGAAGAAGGACAGACAGGCUCGAGCGCUCCAGUCCAAAGCCCAGGGUACGCUGCUACCGCUCACCACCGACAAGCUACCUCGCGGCAACUUUACCGCCAGCCCAGCGACAGUGUCCGCCGGCACUGGAGCCUAUCCGUUAUCGAAUGCUCCUAUGGAAAGCCGCGAUGCAAAAAGAGACGAUAACAUAGGCGGUGUUAGGCAGAAUGCACAUACCCCGCCGAGCUGGCUACCGCCGGGUACCAGGCAAGAAGAUACCUGGCGGCCGGGUGGUAUGAAUGGAAUGCCUAGCGGCGUUGGUGUCGCUUAUAGCUGAUGAUUUGUUUGCGCUUGUUGUUCGGGCGGUGUGUUUGAAAUUUGUGUAUUCAUAUUGGGACGACAAGAUAUUCAGUUUAGACGC